UGUACGUCUAUUAUAAUAGCGGCUCGUGCAUUUUUUGAAAUAAAAUUUUUCCACGUAUUCUUCGGAUAUCGUAUACUUUCAUCGAGAUAAACACUGAGUGUAUAUUGGAUUUAUUAAAUUUUUCCAUCAAUUUUUUCGACCACCAUGUUGACCAUGACCAGAAACAUUCCUUUCAUAUUGUUUGUUCUAAUAAGCUGGACAUUAAUGGUCAGUACAGAUGAACAGAAUUCGGAUCGUGCGAGGUUAUUGGCUGAAAAACAAGUGCUAAAUAAAUAUUUGGUCGAAAAUAAAGACAUUCUGAUUAAUUACAACAUUUUCAAUGUUGGUUCUAGCUCAGCAAUAAAUGUUAAACUUUCCGAUAAUACAUUUUCGUUGGCUCAUUUCGAUAUUGUUGGUGGUUCAUUGAAAUUUACAAUACCACGAAUUGCACCACAAUCAAAUACAACGCACACUGUUGUCGUACGACCUAAAGAAGGUAUAUGGGGUCGUUUUAAUUUUACCGCUGGUGAAUUGAUCUAUUCGAGUGAAGGAAGUAACGAAUUACAAUAUGGAUAUACAAGUGAACCAGGUGAUGGAUAUAUUGUUUCACUCAAAGAAUUUGAUAAACGAUUCUCACCACAUUAUUAUGAUUGGGCCGCAUUUUUAAUCAUCUCAAUGGCAACCGUUUUACUUCCAUAUCUUCUUUGGAAUGGUAGCAAAAAUAAAUAUGAAAAAUUAAGUGCUCGAAAAACAAAAUGAUCUGAUGGAAUGAAUGAGUGAAUCAAUCAAUC